AGAGACAAUUCUGACGUCGCCAGCCUGGUAUAUAUGGUGGAGGAGAAGGCAAAAUGUUCAUGCAGAAUCCAUGCACUUCAGUUCAGGUUCUAGUAUCAAGCUUUUUCAAGGUCGGAAGGAAAGAAUCACAGCCAAAAACGAGCACCUGGUGUGGGACGUCGGAAGGCUAUGUUGCUGUCAAUGUUGAUGCUAAUUGCUACUGUAAAUACUGUAUGAUGUAAACUUGGGAUCAGGAGAUGUGAGCUUGGGAUCCAGAGCUUCGGGGGUGGUGAUCAGAGAUGGCAAGGGACGGUUUUUGGCGGCAAAGGUUAUCCCUUUCGCUCUUGAUGCUGCUUCAGCGGAAGCCCAGCCGGUCCUUGAUGGCAUACAUCUAGCUAAUCGUGUCCCUCAACUUCAAGUCUGUUGCAACCUAUUGAUUGUGAUACAUAUAGCACUAGUUAAGCGCAGUGUUCAUGUCAGAUAUUCCAUAUGGAAGUCGCAGAACCAUCUUACCAUCUAUAUAUCUCAACAAAGCCAACUCUAUUAUAACGUGAGUUGAAAUGGAGACGACUUACCCGGAAAAGAAAAGAAAAGAAAUGGAGACGACCGCCAGCAAGAUGGUGAAGCCGGUGUACUCGGCGCCGCACCCGCUCGCAGGCGAGAUGAUCCCGCUGACGCUCUUCGACCGCGCCGCCAUGGACACCUUCGUUUCCCUCAUCCUCGUGUACCCCGCGCCGACUCCGUCCAACGAGGCGCUCAUGGAGGGCCUGCGCAGGGCUGUCGCGCCGUACCCUCACCUGGCCGGACGGCUCGCCGUCGACCGCUCAGGCAGGCGUUCCAUCCACCUCAACAACGACGGCGUGCUUGUCCUGGACGCCGAGGUCCCUGUCGAUAUGGCGAGCGUGGUCGCCGACUGCUGCUUUACCGCCACCACCGAGGGCCUGUACCCUGCACUGCCGCCGCCGGGGGAGAACAUCGGGGCGGCGCUGCUGCAGAUCAAGCUGAACCGGUACAAGUGCGGCGGCCUCGUGAUCGGCAUCAUCCACCACCACCACGCGGCCGACGGCCACUCCUUCAGCAACUUCCUCACCACCUGGGCCAGCGCAGUUCGCCAAGCCAGCGACUUCACCGCCCCGUCCCCUUCCCUCGACCGCGCGGCGACCGCCGUGCCUCGGAGCGUGCCGACACCGGCGUUCGACCACCGGUGCACCGAGUUCAGCGGAGAAGAAGACGGCUGUCGUAGCUCCUCCUACUCCCACCCCACGUGCAAGAUCAAGAAUCUCACGCUGCGCUUCACGGCCCAGUUCGUCACAGAGCUCAAGGCCCGCGUCGGCGCCCCAUGCAGCACGUUCCAGUGCCUUCUCGCGCACGUGUGGAAGAAGAUCACGGCGGCGCGCCGCCUGAAGCCCGACGAGUUCACGCAGGUCAGGGUGGCCGUGGACUGCCGGGGCAGGGCCAACCAUGCCGUCCCGCCGGACUUCUUCGGGAACAUGGUGCUGUGGGCAUUCCCGAGGCUCCAAGUCCGGGACGUCUUGGGCUGGACCUACGGCGGCGUGGUAGGUGCCAUCCGCGACGCCAUUGGGCGCGUCGACGCCGCGUACAUCCAGUCGUUCGUGGACUUCGGGAGCUUGGCGGACGUGAACCGAGAGGAGCUCGCGGCGACGGCGCCAACCUCCGGCACGAUGCUCUGCCCGGACCUGGAGGUGGACAGCAGUCUGGGUUUCAGGUUCCACCAGAUUGACCUCGGCCAUGGGCCGCCAUCCGCGUUCCUCAUGCCGGACUUGCCCGUCGAGGGGCUCAUGACGUUUGUGCCAUCGUGCUCAGCCAAGGGCGGCGUCGACGUCCACAUGGCCGUCGCCGAGGGUCACGUCGCGGCGCUUGAGCAUAUAUGCUACUCCUUGGACGAAAGAGCUAAACCGAAGUUGUAAAAUGCUGCAUUAGUUUUGAAGGUCGCUUUGCACACUCUCACUAUCUCCAAAGUUUGUGAUUAUUCCA